AUGGGGAUCCUUGAUAUAUUCCCUCAGCUCUCCACUUCAGUCUCCCUGUUGGGCGCUCUGGUGGUCCUGCGAAUGGUCUGCAUGGUCCUCUUCUCCGGAUUCAGCUCCCAGGCCUACAGGAAGGAGCCGCCAGGGCCAAGACCCCUUCCUCUGCUGGGUAACCUGCUGCAGAUAGACCUCAAACGACCGUACAACACAUUAGUGAAGCUUUCCAAAAAACAUGGCUCGGUAUUCACUGUGUAUCUUGGGCCCAAGAAAGUGGUGGUUCUGGCAGGAUACAAGACAGUGAAGGAGGCACUAGUUCACUAUGCAGACGAGUUUGGAGACAGAGAUCCACUGAGGAUAACACAAGAAACCAACAAAGGCCAUGGUGUUUUAUGGGCAAAUGGGGAGUCAUGGAAAGAGAUGAGACGAUUUUCUUUGAUGAACCUGAGAGACUUCGGGAUGGGCAAGAGAGCCUGUGAGGACAAAAUCACUGAGGAAUGUGACCAUCUCAUCCAAGUGCUGAAUAAGUUCAAAGGAGAAGCCUUUGACACAACCCAACCAGUGAACUAUGCGGUGUCUAAUAUCAUCUGCUCCAUCGUUUACGGCAGCAGGUUUGAAUAUGACGACCCAGAGUUCACAUCAUUGGUGGAUCAGUCCAACAAAAGGAUUCAACUUGGAGGCUCUCCAUCGUUACAGCUGUAUAACCUGUUCCCAUGGGUCGGUAAAUGGUUUGCUAACAACAGAGAGUUCCAGAAAAACACAGACUGGGUUUUAAACCAAAACUUGGAGCUCUUCAAGCACCUGAAAGAAACCCUCAAUCCACAGAUGUGCAGAGGAUUUGUGGAUGCCUUUCUGGUCAGGAAGCAAAGCCUUGAGGAAUCAGGGAUUUCUAACAGUCACUACCAUGAUGACAAUCUUCUGAUGACAGUCCUCAGUCUGUUUGCUGCUGGCACUGAUACCACAGCAACUACACUGAGAUGGGGACUUCUGCUGAUGGCCAAGUAUCCAGAAAUACAGGACCAGGUCCAGGAGGAGCUGAGCAGGGUGGUAGGAAGCCGUCGGGUGCAGCUCGAUGACAGGAAGAAUCUUCCCUUCACAGACGCCGUCAUUCAUGAGACGCAGAGAGUGGGCAACGUCGUCCCCAUGUCACUCCCCCACAAAACCACCAGGGAUGUUCUCUUCCAGGGUUUCUUCAUUAAGAAGGGAACCACGGUGUACCCUCUGUUGACAUCCGUCCUGUAUGAUGAGAGCGAGUGGGCGACCCCUCAUACUUUUAACCCCGCCCACUUCCUGGACAGAGAUGGAAAGUUUGUCAAGCCAGACGCCUUCAUGCCUUUUUCUGCAGGCCGGAGGGUUUGUGUGGGGGAGGGCCUGGCCCGGAUGGAGCUCUUCAUCUUCUUCACCACCCUCCUGCAGCACUUUCGCUUCACUCCUCCUCCCGGAGUCUCAGAGGAGGAUCUGGAUCUGACUCCUCGUGUGGGAUUCACCCUCAGCCCUGUUCCUCAUAAACUGUGUGCUGUGUCCUGUAUGUGA